AUGCUCGACACCGGGGAGGAUUCCCAAGAAAAGGAGAGGCCGUCAAAAGGCCUUCUUCCUGCCGAGGGCUUAGCAAGAAACAACCAGUGGAUUCCGUCAUCGACUGUAGGCUCCACCUUAGCCUCUCCUUUAUCUCCAACAAAAGCAAGUCACCAGGCGUCGCCACCCUCAACUGGAAAGCUACGUCUUGCUAUCUCUACAGUGUCUCGCCUACCUGCGGCUUCAUCACCACCGCGACCGCCGAAAACGGUCAUGUACAUUCCCGUAGUUAAGGCGACACAUAGUGUAAUAUCACCAGAAGCGACGAAGGAUCCCAAGGAGGCGUCGCAUCCAAAGAGUAAUUCUUUAAAGACAACCGAAGCCUCCGCUGCAGAGGCAUCCAGUAUCGGUGUCCCAUCAGACUGUACAGUAAGCUCAAGCAGGCUUCCUCAGCACCAUCCGGAUGAAGGGGGCGCGUUCAUUAGGGGAAAGAAGCACGGCCAACAUAAGCGAAAGAGCCAUAAUCACAAGCAGUCAAGUAGGAACGAGACCACACCGCUUCUCGCGACGUACGUUCCUCAGACGUCGCCCAGCCGUUCAGGUAGCGUGCAUGAUACGGGAUCGAACCCGGGAGGCACAAAACCCCUUGCUUCUGUAGACAAUACGGGGGAUUCCACAGAAACCGAACCACCCCGGUCCAUUUCCGAUGUCGCCCCUCUGAAGGCCGUUUCGUUUCAAAUGUGUUCCUCCGAUCCAGUUCCAGAGCCAUCUGUAGCCACCAGGGGUCUUGAGAAAAAUCCGAAAAAAGUGUCAGCGCCUGAAGAAUGUUCCAUGAGGGGCAACUCUGCUGAAACGCCUAGCCUUCAAGCGACGGCGGAUCUCCUGUCUACGCGAAGUUCCACAACUUCCAGCGUGGUAGCACGACCAGAAGACCCAGCGAAGCAGGGAUUGGCGCCCCAGCAUGCGGAGGGCGCUGCCACGUGCGGCUCGGUAACCCUCCCUGCGGUCGGGAAGCCAGAUCCUCCGGGGCGAGACGCUGCAAUCUCGAGUAGCGAAAGCGCCGGGGUAUGUUCGGUAACGGUGGCAACUGUGUCAAACGUACAUGUUUCAAAGAAAGGCGAUCUUGUUGCGUUUGCGGCACGCCAGGUAAAUCGACAAAAAAAGCCAGGAAAAGAGGCUUCCGUGUCUUUGUGGGAACCGCUCUCGGCGCUAGUUGAUAGGAAACCAGCUGAAGCCUCCGACAGUCCUAGUAAAGUGCCAACGUCCUCGUCCAAACAAUCGACAGCCGGUUCGAUCCUGUUGCAUCAAGGGAGAAAGAGUAGCGCGCGACAGUCGUUCGCCAAAUCGUCCUCUAAGAGAAGCGAUAGUGGAAGGGUUUCUAUUGUCUGGAAGGCGUCCACCAGUCAGAAGUCUGCUCUCAGCACAUCUAUUUCAACCCCUCAGAGUAGCGUGCCCAGAAAAGACGAGAAAACAGAUGAUAUCAAACCAUCCGGAAGCCUCUCUUUUCAGGCACACGGGAACGCGCUCUCGCACUCACUUCCCGUGGGAGUCGGUGGCGUUCCCCACAACGCCACGCUCCCUGCAACGGUUGGCUGUUUGUCUUCCCCGAGGCAGACGCCAUUUCCCCGAGGUGAUUCAGUCUCUCAGCGGACGGAGGCAGGUCUUGACACCAGCGAACCGAGAGAAGCACGGCUGGCGAGGGGAAGGCAGCACCAGUCUGAAUAUGUCACACAAGGAACAAAAGAGAUUCCCAACGGCAAUGCUCUCCAGCAGCCAACAGAUGCGCCUUUCGAAAGAAAUAAAGAGACUUCAACGGAGCGAAGGCAAAGAUGGUCGCCGGAAACGAAAACGAGACCCGCAACUAGCGCAGUCGCGACUGACAGUGGCAGAACAGAAACAACGGAAAGCCCUGUUCUUUGGGUGGACAAACUCGACAAGUUUCCAGAAUCACGUAACUUGACAGCGCAGGAGACCUGCCCUAGAAAGAGUCCAAACUCGCAUGCAGAGCAGGACGCACAUGUGUCCGGCAAAGAUUCCACCCCCUGCAGGGAAACAAGUACGUGGGGCGGAAGUCAGCAACGGAAGCUUUUUUCUGCUGGAGCAGCAUCUCCCUGCCUCGGACGGAAACGGGGGGGCCCAGACCCAGCGGAGGGAUUCCCGGUUGGUGAGGAAGGAGGCAAAAAGGUUGAGGAAAAAAGCAGGAAAAGAGGCGUCUAUCUUGUGAAGGCGUGUGCAGCCCAUGACGAGAAGACCGUCUUCUGUAAGGCUGAAGAGACAUCUUCAGUCACGACAGGCACGGCACCUCGUCCGAGAGACGGCGCCAGGAGCGUUCCAGACACGACACAGGGAAGUGAACCUCGAAUACACAAGUCUGCGACCACGAAGCACGAGUCCCCCGUGGCGCCCGUCAGUGCGAAGAAGUCUGUCUUUGCCUCCAACUUCUACUCUUCGCCUCGCGACGCUUUCCCGCGCACCUUGGGCGGAAGAGGCAGCCACCUGCCUCUCCAUCGCCGCCCACAGGCGAAACAGUAUGUUUACGCGGUCCUGAAAAAGCCAGCGCCGGAGCCAGAAGGCCAGCGGGGUUCGGUUCUCGCAUGGCAAGAGCUGCCUCACAAGUCGGCGUUACUUCCUUCGCGUGCCACAAAAGAAGAGCCAAGCCUUCACGGCGAAGACGGGGAACGCGGAAUCUCGAUGUCCGUCCCGCCAGCAGGCGCCUCAGCGCCUGCAGGAAGUCCCCUGAUGCAAACCCCCGCACCAACCACUGGCCAUCGCUCUCAGCUUUCUGGAGGUGAUGGGCAAACCCUGCCUUCGACGUCUGUAGAUUUGGUCAGUCGAAACCCGGUGGAUCCCCUCAUCCCACAGUCUCCGUUGCUUCGACCAGACCCGCGCGAGGACAGCCGCACACCGCACCACGGCUUCAAACAGCCUGCACAAAAUGUUCCUGAUACCAGCGAUCGGCAAGGCUUUCGGGGUGGGAGCGACGUGAGGGGGAAACACCGCGAACACCCGCAAGCAGGAACGUUACCGCCAUCUCCACCUGCGUCCUCGCUCACCCCUCCUGCGUCAGCGACAGAGACUCCCGAGCACACAGCAAAAGAGCUCCGGGCCGAGAAGGGGACGACCGUGGGUCCUUUUACCAGCGGCUCGCUUCGAUGGCCGGUCGAGAACCGAGGCGCGUCUAGAACGGACCCCAGCCGAGACAGAGCCCCUGCCGAGUAUGCAUCCAGAAGAAAGGAAUCGGAAGGGUCAGGGUAUGACGGCUACGGCUUUCCCGGGAAAAAAGCGAAAGGAAAAGAGAGGGGUGGGAGCGUAAGGCCGCACGCUUUGCUGCCGCAGCCGCUGGAGCAAAAAGGCCUUCUUUCUCCUUCGUUUCCUUCGUCUCUUCCAGCACACCCGCAGCAAGCGACGUUGCGAGAUCUUUUGUCAGACAAAUUGUUUGGAAUAGGAGGUCCGCCUUGCCAGAGAACCCCGUCGUGUAGCUGUCUCCGAUGUAUUACGGCCAAUGCAGCUAUUCAACUGGCAUCAAACCGUCCUUCCAAGUUACUUGCCUCGCUCCUUUCCACUCCCCCAUAUUCGUCUCUUCUACUUGGACCUCCUUCCCAUGCUCACGGCCCCAGUAACAGAAACGGUAGUUCUCCUGCGGAAAGCGCAAGCGACACUCCGACUCCGGAACACCUCGCCGUGUGCAGAUCGCCUUCCACACCAGCGAACCCACGUGGUCCCCCUUGUUCUUUACCCGUGGCACCCUCGCCUCUUGCUGGUGCGGACAGUUCCGCAGCAACUGACUCUCUUUCCCGUUUGAAAAGGGAGACGGAUUCUGGCUGUUCCUCUUUGUCAAGUUGGCCUCCGCGCGCACCCCUUCCAGUUCCCUGCACCAUCACUCCUGACACCGACGCGGCCUCUUCAGUCAGCCACGCAGACACCCGGCAUGACAUGCGAGCGCCCGAAACCUCCGAACCUGACGCAUGUACUCCUCCGUGUGCUGACACACUACUAUCGAACCACCGGCCCUCUCACGCCGCUCUGUUGCUCUCCUCUGAUGUCUGUUCUUCUCUCUCGUCUCCCGUGCCGGCGGCUUCUGCUCGCAGCACGCAGAAAAGGCACCGCCCUGAUACGAAGGGGACUCAGGUGCUUCAGCAUUUGCGGAGUUCAUUUCCUCUUUAUUUGCCUGAUGCACCACCUGAACAAGGGGGUGAACAGAAUCGCGAGGAUGAGAGAGAAACGGUUGAAGCCUGCCUUCUGCUGCACAGAGAGACACGGCAGAGUGGCGCACCAGAGGCCUCCCUCAAAGCGACUCUCGGCCUCGCUUUAGAUCGAAACUCAUCUUACAAUUUUGAUCCGGGUUUGACUCCCGCGCUGCACAAGAAUGCCGGCACCCAAGGGACGUCACAGCGGGAAAGCGACAAGCCCGACUUUUCGGAUUCGGGGAAACGAGAGACCGGCACCUCCCAGGAAACGCUCUUCUCUUCUGUCUCCAGUUUUCCAUGUCCAGAUGGUGCGCCCGCCGCUCCACCCGUGCCGGGGGUGAUUUUGGGCAGCCUGGGACUGCCUGCCAAAGAUUCCCUCUCCACUUCUGAGAAAACACACGCCAGGGGAAGGGAACUGGGGAUGCAAGGCAGAGAGGAACGUUCGGAGAAGGUGUCAGGAUCUCUUCGCGUUGAGCGAAAGACAGCAGAGACGACAGAGUCUGUGACGGGAGCGAAGGCAGGUAAAGCCGCAGCGUGGAAAGGCAAAACAGGAGAGCGCCCUGGAGACAGCAGGGGGCCGAGAGAGGGAGAACAGGAAGCGAGUUUUGCACGCUUCGCGUCGCUUCUCCGCCACCAGGGUCAGGUGCCUGCAGCAGAAAUUGAUCAGCUACCCCUCCACGCGCUCCAGCACGGACUCGGUGGUCGGACUCCUCCUACGCCCGACCGAACGCAGAGCGAAGAAGAGCUUCUCAGGAAACUGUCCAAGACGGUCAAUCAAGAGCCGGGAGCGCCUGUUCUGGACCGGUCGGGUUCGACGGGGCUACCUGCGGAAGGCCUCCGUGGAGGCUGCAACGGCUCAGGCGCCGCUGGUGCGGCGUGCGAGACACGGUCAGGUGCUGAGGAAGUUAGACAGCGGCGCGCCCGCACAAGCGAAGGAUGGGGAGAGAGUGAAGAGGACGAAGCCGAAUCAACAGAAGCAGGAGAUCCUCACAAAGGGAUGGCACUACGGCAGUCUGACCACGGUGGGGGGAAAGUGAUGUUCUCGCCCCCCAAGGACGUUUCUUGCGGCGAAAGCAACCUGGACGAGGGACAACAGCGUCCGCCGCAGGAACCCGGGGCAGCACGAGACGAAACGGGACUGAAAUGUGUCAGUUUCGUCAGGAGCUCUACGAGUGCUGACGCGCCUCUCCGGUUGCCGGAUCGGUUCGAUGGGAGCAAGCCGGAAUCUCAAAGUACAGGAAGACCGAGAACACGGAGUCAGGAGCGAACCCUUUCUUCUCCACGGGCUGCUGACUGUCGCGACAACAAAGAAUGGGCGGCACCAGCCGGACGCUCUGGGAGAUGUCAGGACGUUACGACUGAACGCUGUGGUUUGUCUCUUUCUCCUUGCGCUUCGGCUUCUGCCCGAGUGAAGGACUUUGCUGACUCGACCUUGGAAGAGGGUGCGCAUGGCGAGAGAAACACCGGAGACGGAAGCCAGAGUCGAGGCAGUGAAGCGAUAGAGGGGCGCGAGAACGGGGAGGCGGGUGCUCCGCUGGGAGACGCAGAGGCUCGCCGUCGCAGUUCCACUGCUUCGUUGCCUCUUCCGGCAAAUGCCCCACCUCAGUCGCAGUCGGGAAAUGCCGAGUUGAAGGACAAGACGCCAGAAGCGACCACCGUGACGUCAUCUGGUUCUCGGGUUCGAAGUCCGCCCCUUGCUGAGCGUCACAGGAGGCAGACAGGAAGAAAAAUCGAACUCUCAGGACGCGACUGCCUCUCCGUUCCGAAAACCACAGGGCGUCAUACACCUGUACCAGGCCAGGCUCCAGGUAGGGGGGUGGCAUGGCAGCCGAAGCAAAGCCCGUCGCCCGCCCUAGACCCCGCUCCGUGCGUGCCUCUCCCAGGUGCGUCACCUGGGGCGUCCACUGCGCUUGGCCUGGAAGCCUCGAGUCGCCACUCUGCUCAGUUGGUCGGUCCCGACGGAAGCGCAGGCCGUGUCCCUUCGAAGGACCAGCUAAGUUCGUCCUUGGCGAUUCCGCGCGGAGAGGUGGCCCGCAGUGGACGGGUAGCACCCGGGGGCCCGAAUGAGACGUCGAAGAACCCAGGUCUUUCUGAAGAUUUCACGGGAGGAUCUGAAGCCGAGAGACGUCCAGCAUUCAGUGUGUCCAACUGGCGACCAGGUGCGGCUGACGUGUCUUCGUGCCGUUCGUCUUCGACUUCCUUUUUUCCUACACCGGCUCCGCAACCUAGCGGUGACGGCGCCACGACAGACCCCAGAGGCCCAGGAAGUGAAAGAGACGAAUUCCACCUUCGCCAACAACACACCUACGAGUGUCCCCGGGGCGACUCCCGCAUGCAUCUCGUCGGGUCCGCUGCCCCGUCAGAUGCUGUCCCGUCAGAUGCUGUCCCGUCGCAGAGUCUUACGGGAGGCAGGGAAGAAGGCGAGCGCCACCGCGAGAGAAGUGAGACUCCCUGUGGGGGUCGGCGACACCUGCAGCAGCCGCUUUCUUCGUCUCUCCGCGCGGGGGCGACAGUCGAAGUGCAGGGUCAGCCACGAAGAGAAGGCGAGACGGGCCGAGGAAGGAAAGUCGGCGAAGCGCCAGAACCUGAAACCGAAUCCAGGCGGGAGGCGGGUCGCGGGGUUUCGAGUCGACCGGCCGAGGCCUCGAAAAUACAGGACACAGCUCUGCAAGCUCUCACGGGAGUUCUGCAACGCCUGCUUGCUUCCAGUCCCAACCGUCUGCCAGCACAGGGCGGGUCUCUGCGAGGGAGUCCAGGACACCGUUCCGGUUCUUUUUCGUCCGGAGCAGCUUGCCCCGCCGCUGCCCCACCCCCAGAGGGUACUGACAGUUUCCGCGAGUCCACCGGGUCAGCGGUCCCCUGCUCGCCGUUAGCGUCGGCCUGCAGCCGCCUUCCCUUGGGCAACCUCGGAGGCGGCCUCCGCGCAGCGCCCUCGAGGCACUUCUCGCCAGACGCAGCGCCUGGCCAGAAAGGAUCGAACGUCCCUCCGUCUGCGUCGGCUUCCACGUCUUCUCGGCCCUCGUGGCCUCUUUCGGGGACCGGUGCCUCCGCGUCACCGCCACCCGCGCAGCCGGACCACCGGCACUUCGAGAACGCGCUGCGCCAUGAACUGCGUCAGCUGCCUCAACUCCCGCUAGGAGACAAACGCUCAGCAGGAAAGGACCGCUUUUCUCUCGCGCCUCUCGACAGGCUGUUGAGAGGCGACCUUUCUGCCGACGAGACGGCGAGGCUCGGCGCCGCGAAGGCGACUUCCAGCGGGGACCACCGGGGCGAAGGCGGCGCGAGCGAGACAGUGGACGGAGCAGCGAAUGCUCUAACGAGUCAAAGUCAUGCUCAGCGGGGUCGGGAGAAGAAGUCGGCGUUGGUUGACAUCGUGUGCAGAGAGCUGAAGCGGCUGAGGCGCCAGCUUGUCGAACACCAAAGACGCCCCCAGAAACCGGAGAAGCAACUGAGAGUGGACGAACAAGAAGGGAGCUCUGGAGACGGAGGGCAGACGCAGGGUGCGUCGGCGGGUGCGAAACAACGAAUGCCGUCGCCUCAGGAGUCAACUGCAGGGAAGCCAGGACACAGAAAACGAAGCGACCUAGUUCACGCGAGGGUGCCUUCUCCACUUGGCGCAGAUACCUCGGCGGACUUGCCGCGAAGUGCUUCAUCUCCGGGGGGCCUUGCGGUCCGGCACAACGGCGCGAGAGCCCUCGCCUCCGAACGUGGAACGUCGCGACACACAGCCAGUGCAUCCACGGAGCUCAGCCUUUUGCGGCUUCUCGCCGCCUCUGCCGCUGCGGUUAUGACAGCCGAGGGGGGGAUGGGCACUGCGUUGUCGUCCGCCUCGCUGUCGGCGGCUCUGCAAGCGGCGCUGCUCUCGCACAAGGCGAAGAACAAAGACCCGCGGCGAGCUGCGGGCAACGCCCCAGACGCUGGCGCCGGCGUGGAGAGAGGGCUGGGAAGCGCCGCAGCGACCAGCCGAGAGAGAAGCGGAAAGCGGGAGGAAGGCGAGGCUGCGGGAGAUCGCGGGCACCACGCAUGCAGUGCUGGGCAGCCGCCAGCCGCAGACGGCAGCUGGGUGGGGACUGGGGGCACGGGAGGCAGUCGCAGUUUGAAGGACACUGGGCACAGAGGAACACCAACGCGUUCGGAAGAGAGUGCGCCUGGCACCGGAGCUCGCCUGUCGUUCGCGACGUCGCUGCCUUCGAUUUCCAAACACACCGCGGCCGCCUUGUCUUCCCUACCCUCUGGAGCGCUAGCGCUGACAGACCACCAGCGCCAGCAGCUAAGGUUGUUGCGGAAGCUCCACGACCUCCACAAGGCCGAGGUCGAACGCAGCAGGCGGGGGAGGAUUCCAGACGAGCCCCGAGGAACUGAGCACGACGCGGGGAGCGCUCGGGGCAGAGGAGAGACGGGAACAGCCGAGCAGUCUCAGGGUGCGGAAGGCGUGCGUUCGGCGUCUGUUUUGGCAGAUCGAGUGUCACACAGCGGCCAGUACAGAAAGCGCGAAGAGUCUAGCGGAGGCCUAGGGCCACCCCCGCUCCCUGGUUACUGGCCCCACAGAGCGAAAGCUUGUGCGAGUCCUUCCGUUGACGGGACUGUGCCGCCUCACUCUGCCCACACGCCCGUUCUGAGGCAGCAGUCGUCUCCGCCGUAUUCAGCUGCGUCCCCUCUCGUUCCAGCUUCGCCUCAGGACGCCGUGCUUCCCUCACGCGCGUCACCCCCCGUGUCGAGGUCGAAUUCCGGCUCGUCUCUGCUCUCGCUGCUCGCCUCCACCAACUUCCAGUCUCCGCAUGUCUCCGUCGCUGGCGCUGUCGCCAGCUUGGGGCGAUCAUCAGACGAUGGGCGAGGAAAACGCGGAGCCUCGUCUUGUCCACAGCUCUUUGAUCGCUCGGCGUCCUCUGCAGCUUCUAUCCAAGACUUGGCCGAAUACUGUCUUGGGCACAAGUCGUUCAGGUCUUCACUCGCGUCUCUGACGGCUGCGGCUUCAGCGCCUGCGUUGCCGCCCUCCCAAAGGCUGUCGCCUUUCUCGCACCCUUCGCCCUCGCCUGCUGGAGCACAGAAGGCAGCCACGGUGGGCCGCACGGCUUCGGCUGGUGUGGCGCGCGUCCCCGACCCUCCGCCCUGCGCGCCCCUGGACCGUGCCGCACAAAUGCGGAGUAGCCGACGCGGAAAGGAAGCUACGCUGACACGAGCCGAGGACGAGGGAGAGAGGCCGAUGCCAUUUCAGCUCGUGCAGGAUUUCAGACGGGAAGCCCGAGAGACGGGCGGAGCGGGACUGAGUGCAGAGGAUAGCGCUUUCCUGUCGCGACACCACAUGUCGACUCGGCCGUUCCACGAAGGCGCAAACGUUCAGAUGCACUCUCAGCAUUCGCCGCCGGGGCACUGGUGUGAGACGGGAGAGAAAGAGAGGGAAAUGUUGGAUUUCGAAGAAAGGAACGGCCCUCGACAAGCCCACCACGGGCGUGUCGUGGGUGAAGAGCACCCGGCGCGAAGAUCGGGACACGGCGGCAUGCCUUCCUUCCUCGCGUCUUCGGUCUCUUUAAGGCAAGGCAACGUCGGGGCAGCGCCUCAAGCCACCCGACGACCGCCAACUCUCCGGGCCCUGUCAGCCCUCGAACGGAGCUCAGGUGUCGGUACACUCGCCCCACAGGCUGGCAGCGGAGGGCCCUCUCGGCGGUCUCUGGAGAUGCCUGCCGACAACGGUUUCGCUCAAACUCUGCCUCGAGCCAGAGGCGACAGCAAGGCGUUGCGUGGCGAAGCAGUCCCGUUCUUCAGAGGUGUGCCGGAACACCGAAUUUCCGCUCCACCUGGUGACCCGGCUCACCCUCCGGAGCUGCAGGAUGGUCUCUGUAGAGCCCAGCGGAGAGCCGCGGAGGUUUCGCGAGGCCGAGAAGAGGCGGCAGUACUCGCCGGAGGUCCCCUGUCGUUGGAGAGGCUGCGUGCCGGAGACGCCCGACGCCAUGAGGCUCAGAGGGACGAAGUUCCGAGAGGCACCGCGCCCUCCAUUCCAAACGAAUGGGGCUUUCGAGACGCACGAAGGCCCCUGGCGACGUCCACACGCGGUCAGGUGACCAUGGCACACUUCGACCUCCAAGGGGAGUCGCCUGCGCAGCCGCAGGUGGCCUUGAAGAGUCCUGCAAGUGGAACUGCUCUCGGCGUCGCUUCGUAUCGAUCAACGACAGGGCGCAGCUGUUCGCGUUCGCGGAGGGUUUUCCCUAGCACACAGAGUCUGAGUGGCACCUACACGCGGACGCCGAGAGCAGAGUGGGAAGAGGAGAGCGACGGCGGCGAGAAAGCGGAGGAAGACGACAGUCUCACCGGGAGACAGUCCGUGCAGGAGCUGCUGCCCGAGCCUCUGCAGACUCUCCAACCCGACAGCAUAUGCCUCCGAGUGUGCGAAUCCUCCCAAGACGAAGAUGCGCGAAGCGAGGCGAACGGCGGGACGCCCCCGAAAAGCAUCCUCGCUCUUCUUCUCGAUAUUCCUCUUUCGAUUGUCGUGCCGGGGUUCUUCCGUCUUGCAUGCGGCGAGCGGCACGCUGGGGCAACCAGCUGGGAUCUUAUCGUCUCCGAAUUUGUCUGUGGUUCCAGCGAGGCCCCAGGAAGAACACUCCCUUUUCGCACGGCGUCCUACCCUAUCGGCUCUUUUGCGUCCGCGACAACGUCCGGAAAAGACAAAGCAGGCGACCGCCAUCCUGCUGCCCCAGACGGAGACGAGCGGGGAAACGAGCCGCGUGCUCCUUCCUGGUGGGCCUUUCCUAGCUCUCAGCAGGGAAACGGUCACGGCUUGGCACCUCACCCUGCUUCCUUUCCGUUCCCGCAUCUCCUGCAUGCGUCCGCUGGGCAUUCGCCUGGUGGAUUGGCUCCGGACUUUCCUCCAGCUGAAGCCCACGGGCCAUCUUCAGGCAGUUUUUCUGCUUUUCCGUACGGAGGCGCGGCCGUCUCCAACUCAACGCCUUUCUUUCCUGCUCUCUUCCGCGCGUGCGGGGCAGGCGGGGGCCCAGGGAGCGUGCGCUGUUCGCCCGUGGGGCCGCUUCCGCCUCCCCUUCUUCCCCCGCCAGGAAGCGGCGGUUUGACGGAGCAACAGUUGCUGCUUCUUCAGCACCAGCACCCCGUCCCGGCCUCUCAACUGCGCCCCGGGUGUAACUACACUUCUUCGCACCUGUUCGCACUCCACCCUACGGCGCUGGCGGCCGCCGCGCCGCCUUUCGCUCGGGCCCAGAGUCUCCCUCCCGUUGCCUCUCACGCGCAGCACUUUGGAGGCCACAUGUUCAACGCAGGGCGGGGGCAGAGCAGCCUGAGUCUGGGCGACGGUGGCUUCACUGUGUCCGGACACCCGAAUCCCUGUCUCUCUCCUUCCCAUUUGCCCCCGUCGCACGCACUCCAUUCCGCCUUGGGGUCUUCAGAUGCUUUCUUCUCUUUCCAGUCUUUAGUGCCGAGCCACGCGCACUGUGCGCUGCCCGUCCUGGACCAGGCUGCGCACCCCGCCGUUUCGGCCUGGGGGCACGCGCGCUCGAAAGACAGCGCGUUCGCGUCUAUUGUCGGGACAGCUGCCGCAGCUGCUUCGUUUUUGGCUAGCUCGACGGAGAGUCAGCGACAUGCCAUUAAGCAGCAGCUCCAGAAUGCGCACGCGUCCGCGCUCGCGAGCGUGAAAGAAGCACGGGCAGAGACCAGAAGGGAAGAUUUUGUCAGAGACGAAGAAAUAGCCUCGGGAGGCGAGGUCGGGAAAGCUGAAGGACGCGCCGCCUCAGAAGCAGGACGGGGACGCGUUCAAAGCCCCGCUUGGUGGGACUGCGGCUCCGCGGCAGCUCUGGACAGACAACAGACGGGGGCGCCGGUGAGGAAGGGCGGAGACACUUUGAGUCGAUCGCCGUCUGCCCCAGACGGCGACACGGGCCCUCUAGGACACAGGCCUUCGGUCUCGUCGUUCUUGUCUCCAUAUUCCUUCGAAUCCGCGCCUUCCCGGGCACACCUGCCUUGUGCGAAAGAUGGGCAGCGCGCGGCGAGUGGCGCACGCGGGCACGAAGCAGCCUUCGCAGACUCGCCUGUACGUGGACCCAAGUCGCUGUCUGCGUCUUUGCCGCCUGCAGCCGGGAGUGGAGGACGGAGUCACCUUCCUGGCGGCGCGCCGUGUUUGACGGCUGCCACUGCGGGGCAUGCAAAAGGACGCGAGGCGAGCGUGUCCUGGUUGCUGUCCAACUCCGGCCUUGCGUUUGCGCCCCGUCUCCAUUCGUAUCCGCUUUUCUCCCCUGCAUCGCCCGGCGGAGAGACCGUUGAGGACGGCGCCACAGCAGAGUUUUUUCGAUCCAACCUACGCGCAUAUACCCGCGAGAACCACAUGGUGGACGCGGGUCUUUCGGGAAGCGAGCGUCCGUUCUCGUCCGGGGCUUUGUGCGCUUUUCCUUCUGGGGGAGGAGCAGCUGUGGAGUGUGUGGAUCAGCAGUUCGCGGGAAGCUCCGACGCAGCUUCCGCAGCCACUGCAGCGACGGAUAUGGUGCUUGCAUGCAAUUCGUUUUUACGGUGUAUAGACACCCGCUCGAAGACACUCGUUUACGUCGACGCCCAGAACCUCCAGAUCCACUCGAAACCUCCACAGCUGUUUUUUCUGCAGCAGGAAAUCUUGUCGGCAGUUCUGCGGAAGGGACUGCAAGCGUUCAUAGCGAAAUAUGCGGACGAACUGCAAAUGAAGAUGCAGCGGCACAUUCGGCGCCGUCGCCUGCGGCUGCUGAUGCGGAGUUAUGUUCAACCGAUAGGCCUGGUCGAGAUGCCCGCGGAGGUGAAUGGAGGAAAUGACGACGGGGUGAACGACAGGAAGCGAGGUGAGGAGGACGGGAAAGCAUGGAGGGAGAGACCAGGAGGCAACGCCAAAGCCGAAGACGGAGAGAAAAGAGGGCUACCGGUUAAGGACGAAUGCGCACGAGGGCGAGGAGAAGAUGUCGAUCACGAGUAUGACGAAUCUGAGGGCUUGAAGGCCGAUACACAAGGAAACGUAGAGGCCACAAGCGUCUCUGGAUGGAAGCAGAAAGACAAGAGACUUGGAGAAAAUCCUGGCGACGGGAAAAAGGAGAUGCGCCGUAUGAAUUCGGAAGGAAGCCGGGAGGAAGACGAAGCCGCAGAGAUGGACUGGCCGGAUGGUGAAAAUAGAUGGUGCAGUCCGGCGAGACACAAGGCGGCAGAAGUCGUGGUAAUUGGAGCAGAGGCGAAGACGCCGCGGAGGAUUAUCGACACUGGGCGAAGAGGCGAAGAAGGCCAGGCAGCUCGGGGACCGACACCAGCUACUUGGAGAACUGAAGCUGACGCGACUGGUUCACCGAAGGCAGAAAACAAGAAGCUUUGGCCCGUGGAAGGAAUUUUCCUGAAGACCUCCAGACAUACUGUGGAAGCUGGAGGAGCCUCGAACCUUCGCAGGAGGCUGCGCCACUCGAUGCCUCGUCAGCCAGCUGGCUUUGUACGAACCCCUGGUAGAUUUCCGAAACCGUUGACGAGACGCGCGAGUGCUGCAUCCUCAUUCGAGCGUUCGUCGCCUCUCUCCCAUUCUCCCUCGUCGCUCAGGUCUCUAUCUUGUCCUGCCGCAUCUUUCGCUGCCGGAUGCCCACUGCGAAAGGAGCCGAAAAGAACGGAGAGCCCCUUGGAUUGUCUCGCGGCGGCGCCGAGGCACGAGGCAGGCAUCAUCGGGGAUCGAGCAGGAAGCCUGCAAGCAGAGGGCGCGGAGGGCGGAGGAGGCGAGCGGGACCAAGAGAAGAGAGGACUGAGCGUCGGCGUACAAACGGUGGAAGGACAGCAAACAAGGCACGGUCUUGAACAGGACGAAACGGAAGGCGCCGAAGUGGUUCCCCAGGACGAAACGAUUCCUUGCUCUCCCGGGAUGCACACUUCGAGCUCGUACACUGACUCGCUGGUAGGGUGGCCUGACUCAGAGACACCUUCGUUUGGCAGGUCGUGGGACAGCGACGACGAUGCAGGAGAUCGCUGCUUGACUGAAACGCAUUUACGAACUCUCCUCCGCAAUGAGGAAGCAAAGAGUGUCUACUUGCGAGCCCAGCUGGCAGAUGCGCAGCGCUCGGUGUUCGGACCCUGCGCGGAGGACCACGGAGUUGUGGGGACGAGAAAAAAUGAAUGCUGGCCGCUUUCGUGCGCUCGAAACUGGGGUUCUUCUUCAUGUGUUUCACCUUUCGAUCUCACGAUUGCUCUCGCCUCUCCUCUCGGUAGGCGCUUAGCUGCCGUGGUGGGCAGAACGCCGGCGCCGCAGUCCGGGUCUAGCCUGUGCGGCGUUUCAGUUUCUCUGCCAUCGACUUCGGCAGAGCGCGAAGACGCGAAGCUGCUCUUGGAAGAACGGACCGGCUCAAACGUGUCGCGAUCACGUAGGCUUACCCACAACCUUGGAGCGGAGAGGAUAACGAAGAACGCGAUGUACGCCGAAGCUGGCUCUUUCGUAAAUGGCGAGUGCCUCCUGGACGGCCCUCCAACGCUGCGAACCUUGCUGGCUCGCGUUGCGGAACAGCAGCGAGCUGUUCAAGCGCAAAUUGAAUCACAACAGACCGUGCUCCACACGUGGCGCUCAGCCGCUGAAGCAUGCGUAAGAGAAAGGCAAAUUGAAGAGGCCAUGCAGUUCCUUUCGUUAACGCGAGAAGACGCCACACGCCUCAUCCUCCAUACAGACCAGGGGCUGGCCCUCUACGACGCCUUCUGCGCUCAGGCCCAAGCCUUGCGCCGGAGCGAGUGCGGUCGUGACUGCGGUUGGAGGGCGACCGUCGAGGGAACAGAAGCGAGAGACGAUGGGAGGUACCAACGCCUGAAUCGAGAGGGAACGCCUCGAGAAAAGGACUUACUCCACACGCGCGACGAGCACGUGUGGAAACAAGACGAGGCAGCGGGGGUGGAGCGGCCAGGGUCCCUAUAUGCGGGGACACCAUCGCCGCGUUCAGAAGAAUCGAGGAACGGGGAAAGCGAACCACGCCGCGAAACAGAAGAAAUCCAUGGCUCCGAAGGAAGCGAUGGUGCAUGCACCAAUGGCAGCAUCAUGCACAUGGAUCCACCGAUGGCGGCGCAAGGAAACGACGAAGUCGAAUUGAAGGACGCAGUCAACGAAGAUGGGGGGGAGAAUGCGGCAUUCGAGGACGUGCGGGCCGCUGAGAAGGCAGAAGAAGCUGAAGCGCUUCAGACGCCGCCGGAACGGUUGACAGAGAAGACAGCAGGAGGUUGCGAGAGAGAGAACACCGAGGAAGCUGCCGAGAAAGCAAAGGCUCAGAGGGGGGCACAAAUGUGUUACUCCUGCCGCGAGUUCGAGGGCUGCUCGUCCGGGGUUGACGCAUCCCAGGGCUGGCCGGAUCCCGUGAGGAGCAAGGACUCAAAUGACACGUUGUUCACAGUCGCGGCUAGUCUGUGCCUGGUCACGGGGACGCGAGGCCUUGCAGAGCCUUCCCGAGGAGGGGCCGACCCCACACCUGAAAACCCUCGCGGCCAGGCGCUACACGCCAAGUUUGCGGAGCUUGAAAACGCGUGGCUGCAGUCUUGGAAGCGAACGUGGCAGACGCACUGGGAGAGCAUGACGCCGGCUAGCGGGCGGUACGUAUUCGACAGCGGCAGCCUCCGCAGCGGUUCUCAGGGGUCAGACACCGACUCGGUGGCCCCGGUAGACGAAGACGGGAACGCGGAGCCGCCGGGGGAAAGGCGAGCUGAGCACGGUGCGGCGUCGAGGGACGAUCUCGAGACGGGCUCUCCCGACGCGGGGCAGGCCCCCAAGAGCAGCCACCAUGACACCACUGGCAUCUCUCGUUGGAAGGGGCAGCAGCUUUUCGACGAGGGCGGGAAAACGCAGCCAGCGACAAGUGGAAGUGACCAGGCCAAGGCGGCUACUCCACGAAGCGGACUGCGCGCGGCAGCGACGGCGUCGAGUCCACGUGAUUUCUCACAAGCUAGAGGAGGCCGCCCUGUUGCCGAACCCAACUUUCCUUCUUCGCUGUCUUUGACGUGGGGAAAGCGCGGCGAGGCAGGCGCGAGGCGGGCGCAGCCUCUCUCCGUCGAAGACUCCUGGCUCAACGAGGAAGAGGACGGCACUCCCGCGCUUUGGUGGCUAGUCCCCAAAGGCACCUGCUGCUGCCGCUGUGGGCUCGCGCAGAGAGAGAUGGCGCUGUCGUGCCUGGGCGACCUCGUCCCGCUCUCGCGUGGUCUCCGCGAGGAAGCCCGCAAGCGUGCCGAGGCGGCCGAAGCUGCCGCUGAGGCAGCAGCUUCUCUUGCCUCGGCUGUGGCCGGUAGCUGUCUUGCUCCUCAGGGCUCGAACACUCUUUGGGAGCGCGACAUGGCACCGCGAAGCUGCCAGGAAGACGCUAGGUUCCGUGCGCCUGUGCGACACAGUUUGAACCACGCUGCAUGCGACGGGGUGACAAACAGUGGAGGGCUCGAGGGUGGGAGGCGGAGCGCAGGUGGAAGUGACGGGGACCGAGCCAGACUCGCUCGAUUGCCACACACACAGGGCGAAACUGCUGAAAGAUAUGCGGCGCUCGGGCAGACUGGCUUGACAGACUCGAACGACUGGGGGAGUCAAGGCGGUGCCUGGGGAACGAGUGGUCAGAGAGAGGGGUUUUCGCCGGAGUUGCCGUCCUUAUUAUCUCGCAGUGUGCAGCCCUCACACGCUUUAGGAGACACGAAAAAAGAGAAGGGACGAUGCCCGAGAGCUCCUACCGAGACGAAAGGCGAUACGGAAGAGGAAGGGAGUGGGACCGACAGGUCAGGACAGGGCCAUCGAAGCUGGAACCAGCGCGACGAGAAGGAUGCAGGUUCUGCUUGGGUUUCACGCGACGCCGCAAAUGCUCGAGCAGAGGAAGGCAACGGGAACGGCGAGUUUGGGAAAGACGCCGGGAGGAAGGAAUCAGAGCGCAUGCAGCAAUCGUUCGUGUCGCCCUCGCCUCCCGUGGUUCCAUUGGUCUCAGGUAGUCCCAGUGUUCCGCCUGGUUGUGCUCAUGUCACUCUUUCCCAGCAAUUAGCGCCAAGCGCCCGACCACCCGAGCGAUGUGGAUCUGGCCUCAUGUGCCCUCCCAGGCCUGAGUUGCGGCCGUCCCCACUGUCCACAGUGACGUCUUCACGACUUGCCACUAGAGGCGUCCAAACUGGUUCUCUUUUGUCUGAAUCGAGGCCAUCCGUGUACGCUCCGAGUUCCGCGGUGCCAGCGCCCUCGGGGGGAAACCCGCCUGACGGCGCCGCAGGGAGUUCCGCCGCUCCGGAGGGAGACGCCGGUGACUCGUUUCAUAGUCAGCAGGACACAUCUGUGGCUGCUGCAGCUGUGCGCCCACCAGGAAUGCCUCGGGUCGGCGUCAAGAGCGAUUCGACGGCGUCAGACGAAGGCGCGAGAAAGACUGACGCACACCCGCCACGGCGCGUCUCUUUGGAGCUCCAGAGGACCGACGAGCACCGCCGCUUGCGACAAGAUGGAUUUCUCGCUCAGGCAGAGAGGGAGCUGAGAGAGAAUGUGGGAGGCGGCCCCCGGCCGGAAGCCGACGCUCAGGGAAGAUCGUCCUCAGCAGCCGACAGAUCCUAUUGCCAGUGCCACGCAAGUCCCGAGGAGGGGGGCAGCGGAUUGCUGUACUGGGGCGGUGUAGUGUAUUCCCCCGUUUCGACAUCUUCGAGGACGUCGUCGAGUCCUGUUUCUCCGAUAGCGGAAGCAGACCAUAUAGAGGCGCCCGGUUCGAAAACAGCUGAGGAAACGAGCUUGGCUCUUAGCAAAACUGCGCUUUCCGACACUAGAAAGGAUUCCCAAAGAAUUGGCGGACGAGCCGAGGUACGGAAAUCCGCCCCGGAACCCUGGACUCAAGGGGCACCCGUUUGCCAUCAAAAGAUCCCUCACACUACUGGGCCAUGCGCCAUUCCUAAAUCUCCUCCAAAGCGUCUUUGGACGGACCGCUGGUCUCCUGCGUUUACAGCGCAGACUCCACCCAGCAACACGGCAGAAACAUCCGCUGGCCGAGAUCCUGUGAAGGCGAAGUCACACGAGACCGCAGCCCAGCAGCGGAUCUCGCUUUUGGCGGCUGGACGAAUGGCCCGACACUUGGAGCUUGUCAACGAAGAUACAGUUGCUGUGUUUGCGCACAUCGUUUUGCUCCUUCCGGCCAAAAUUCUUGUUGCUGUUGCGCCUCCUUUCUUCGAAUUUCUGUUUGCCCUAAGAGAUGUUUGGUGUCGAGAUCUCCUCCUCCUGCCUCCCAAAGGCCAACCAUCUCUCAUGCUCAAUCAAUCGCAACACCAGCUUCAGCAAGAACUUCAUAAGCAGCAAGCGUAUCGAGAGACCGUUCUUCAGCCACUCGUCUCUCAGAGACUCCGGCAACUCCUGGCGCUUGCAUUGCGCAGAUACCAUCUAUACAGAAAACACAAAAAAGCGAGACAGCCGUACAAGCUGGAAGACAUAAUUCCGCGCGGGGGAGCGCAAUGUCCAAAGUCCUUGCGCGAAUCGGCAACAAUGCAGUGA